CGGGGAAGGGCCUCCCCAGCCCUUUGACACCGUCUCGGCAGGAGUUUCACUUCGCUUUCGCCGCCGCCGCCGCCGCUUCUGCAGGCAAACACCCCCGGCUUCCAUGUGACGCCUCCCAGCCACUGAAUGGGGGAAAGCGCCUAUAAGGGAGCCACUUUCCCUACGUGCAGGAGAAAAGGAGGGGACGGGGGGGGGCAGAAGCAGGAGGUGGUGGUUGGGGGGAAGGGAAGAGAGAAAAUAAAUUAAUAAAUCGCAGGGAACGAAGUUGGGGGGACAGAAACUGAGACCCCGGGGAAGAAAUUCGUGGGGUUAUUUAUUUCCCCGUCCCCCCCGUCCCCCUCCCGCUGACAGGGCUCGAUCCGGCCCGUUGCGGCGCUCGGCGCUGGCUGCAAAGGGCCCCGGGGAAGUUUCUUGCUCCCCAACGCCCUUCCCGGGGGGGGGGGGGGGACAGAGGGUUUGGGUUGUUUUCUGUUGUGGUUUUGUUUUUUUUUUUUUAAGCUUCCCUCCCCCCCCCCCCCCCGUCUGGAAGGAGGGGGGUCUCGCUCGCACCUCCCUGGAUGGUGCGGUAGAAAGGAGGGGAGUGAGGGGGUGGGAGGGGGGGCUCGUGGUGGGAGGCUGCCGCGGCUGCUGCUCCUGCAUUGGUGUCUCCCCUAUGGACGAAAACAGCCCUCUGUCUCCCAAGGCAAAUGCUUUCAGUAUCGCCUCUCUGAUUUCAGUCGCCGCCGCCGCCGAGCAAGCAGGGAAGGGAGCGCUGGAGGAGCGCCGCGGCAGCCGCAGCGCGCCCGCCCGCCCCGGCUGCCGCCCGCAGAAGAUGCACUUCAGCACCGUCACCAGGGACAUGGAAGCUAUCUCCAGCCCCUGGCUCACCCAGCUGUCCCAUUUUUGCGAUGUUGCAGCUUUCACGGCCAACAGCCUGAGCAGCCUGAACGCCUCCGGGGGGUACCACCUCUCCCCCUCCCCGGGGGACCCGUACGGACAGCAUGAGCCGCCGCACUACGAGCCCUGCACGGCUCAGCAGCACCCGCACCCGCCGCCCCAGCCCCAGCACGGCUACCCCUUCGGCGGGGCGGCGACGGCGGCCGGGGCCAACCCGCCGCCCCCAGGCCCCGAGCCUCCCGAGGGCGCCGGGGGAGCCGCCGCGGGGCCGGCCGCCGUCUCGGGCUGCUCCGCGGGGGCGGCCGCCGCGGCCAAGGCGCCGGUGAAGAAGAACCCGAAGGUGGCCAACGUGAGCGUCCAGCUGGAGAUGAAGGCGCUGUGGGACGAGUUCAACCAGCUGGGCACCGAGAUGAUCGUCACCAAGGCCGGCAGGCGCAUGUUCCCCACCUUCCAGGUGAAGAUAUUCGGGAUGGACCCUAUGGCUGACUACAUGCUCCUCAUGGAUUUCGUCCCCGUGGAUGACAAGCGAUACCGGUACGCCUUCCACAGCUCCUCCUGGCUGGUGGCCGGCAAAGCCGACCCCGCCACCCCCGGGAGGGUGCAUUACCACCCGGACUCCCCGGCGAAAGGGGCGCAGUGGAUGAAGCAGAUCGUUUCCUUCGAUAAGCUCAAACUGACCAACAAUUUGCUGGAUGACAACGGGCAUAUCAUUUUGAACUCCAUGCACAGAUACCAGCCGCGUUUUCACGUGGUCUACGUGGACCCCCGGAAAGACAGCGAGAAAUACGCGGAGGAGAACUUCAAAACCUUCGUCUUCGAGGAGACGCGCUUCACGGCCGUGACCGCCUACCAGAACCACCGGAUCACGCAGCUGAAGAUUGCCAGCAACCCUUUCGCCAAGGGAUUCAGAGACUGUGACCCUGAGGACUGGCCCAGGAAUCACAGGCCAGGGGCCCUUCCUCUCAUGAGCGCUUUUGCCAGAUCCCGGAAUCCAGUCUCUUCCCCAGCCCACCAGAACGGGACAGAGAAAGAUGCUGCCGAGAGCCGGCGGGAGUACGAGCGGGAGGCGGCCGGCGGGACGCCGCUGCACGCCGAGGCCGCGCACCAGCAGCUCAUGUCCCGCGUCCUCAGCCCCGCGCUGCCGGGCGGCGGCGGCGGCGGCGGCCUGGUGCCGUUGGGCGGCGCGGGCGGCGGCCGGCCCAGCCCGCCCCACCACGAACUGCGCCUGGAGCCCGCCGCCUCGGAGCCCCUCCACCACCACCCCUACAAGUACCCGCCGGCGGCGGCCGCCGCCUACGACCACUACCUGGGGGCGAAGAGCCGGCCCGCCCCGUACCCCCUCCCCGGCAUCCGCGGGCACAGCUACCACCACCACCACCACCAUCACCACCACAUGAACGCGGCGGCCGCGGCGGCGGCGGCGGCCGCCAACAUGUACUCGUCGGCCGGCGCGCCCGCCAACUACGACUACGGGCCCAGAUAACGGCGCCGCGCGCGCCCCGCGGAGCCGCCGACGGCGCGAGAGACUGGCGGCGGCGGCCGCGCGUGCCGCGACCGUUACCGUCCUUCCCCCCUUCCCGCCUUUCCCUCUCUUCCCGCCUUACGAGUGAGCUGAUAGGCCAGCUUGACCUGAUCGACAAUCGGAGAGUCCAAUCGCAGGAAGCCGGGCACCCCCCCGUCCCGCUUCCCCCCCCCCCCCCCCGUCGGUGGGCCGUGAGGGCGGGCGGCGGCGGCGGUGGGGUGCGGGCGGGGGGAUGCAGGAGGCUGGCCGGGGCCCGCCGGGCGCUUCCCAUCGCGGUGUGACCCGCAGCUGCACUUUGAUAAACGAAGCCAUAUGUGGUUAUCUCCCUUCUCCCUAUCCCCGCGCCUCCGUCCUCGCGGAUGCCUCGCGAGUGCGCCGGGCACCGAAGACCGUAGGGCCGCUGGGAAGCGGCGGGAGGACGGGGAAGCGGCCGCGGUGAGGUGACUUGCCCCCUUCUCACUCGCCCGCCGGGUUGUCUGAUGGAGAUUUGGUGUUGCCGCCGGUUUUGGCGUUGCCACGGGUGUUUCCCAGCCCAGCGGGAUGUGUAACGUUAGCGCCGAGCAGGGAGGGCUGCGGGGCUGGCAGUGAGCACCAGCGGACACCAGCCCCCGGCAGCGGCGGGCCCCCCGGGGAUGGAGUGUAAUUCUGCACGUGUCGAUGUAAGUCUCUCUUUUACCUCGGGCACGCAUGGCCUCCCUCACAGUUGGUUCAGGUGGUUCUUUGAGGAGACUGUCAGAGGAAGCAGGGUUUAGCUUAAGGGAACGCUUUGAGUCUUCACUGUCAGAACAAAUUGUCCGCUUCUCCUCCGGUCCUGACCUGCUUGUGAGUUUUGGGGUUCAUUGGGGCGGCUUAACCACCACAGCAUUUUCUGGAGCUGUUGAGAAGAGCCCAUGGCCAAGAGCACAGCCAUGUACAGCUUCUUGUUUUCACAACGAUGGUUUAAAAACCAGCCUCGGGGUGGGAGGAAUACCUGCAGAAUUUAGGCUGUGUAUUCUCAGCAAUAGUUCGUAAACUGGCUGCUUCCCAGGCAGCCUCACAGUACUGCCUUCCUACAUCCUUUUCCGAGCUCUUGACGCUCUCCCGUUGAGAGGUGCCUUUUAGAGGAACUUCAGGGUUUUUUUCCCCAGAAUGCCUCACCCCUUAUAUUUGGCUGACCCAAACUGCAGUAGUCCCAAAGCACCUAUUCUGCACCUACCUGCUUGCUGCAUCUUCCCUCUUAAAGCUGGUAAGUACUUUUUUCUUUUUUUCCUUUAAUAUCUUCCUUCAGUAGUCUUUCCUUAUUGUUGAAAAGAUGGGCCUGUUCAUCACAGUUUCUCCAGUGAUGUGUUUUGAGUAGCUCGCUUGUGUUUUUUGUCAGAUGUUCACCGAACGGCAGUCCCUUUGUGUUCAGAGAAGGUAUUGAACAGCUUUUCAGCUGUGUUGGUAUACAGUAUUAUGAACACUUUCCUGAUUCUUCCACGUGACUCUAUGAAAAGAAGGGAUUUUUUUGGUUUUGGUUUUUUUUUGAAGCCCUCUAUUCAUCCAUGUUUGUGCAUUUUCCCUACAAACCUUUCAAAACAUAAUCUUUCCCUUGUGCAGGUGGCAGUGUUAAUAGCAAUGUUUAUUCCGUCUUUGGCAGUGGGCUUUGGGCUUCGGGCUUCCAAAACUUUUUGGAAGGGUUUAAGAAGGGAUACAGGCUAACAUGAAUAUUUUAUGUAAUUUUUUUUUCUGUUAUAAAAAAAUAUAUCUGGAUCCAUGAAAAAGACUUGUGCAAGAAAUAUGUAUUUUAUUUGACAUUUGCAGUGAAUUGUGAGAUUCUUAGUGUCUGACUAAACCAUAACUAAUGUUCUCAGAAAGGUUGAUGUAAAAUAGCCUUGUGUUUAUUACUAGUCAGUGGGAAAUGGCUCUCGGAUGUGCUCAGUUGCUUUGCCGCUGUUAUAUCAGAGUUUUCAGUAUGAUUUGUUAUCUGUAAACUGAUUAGUGCCAAAGCUUUGGUCAAACGUUUAAUGAAGUUGUUAUAUUUAUUAUUUCCUUCAAAGAUUAUACAAACGCUUUUUUUUUCCUUGAUAGUUGCAGUGUAGGAAAAAGGUGAAGACAACCAAAGAAUCAUAUCUGCAAACAGUGUAGAUACAUGUAGAUAUCUGUAGAUAUUUGUAGAUAAUCUUAUUUCAUUUAAAUUGAAAAGACAUUGGACAGUGACAUUUAUAAAUGUUUUUCCUCUUUCUUUCUUUCAUUUCUUGUUUGAUCAUUUGUGUAUAUUUGUCUGUUUGUCUGCUCUGAAGUCUAAACCUCCCCUACCAAAUGACGUCAUUUAAAUAAGGAGGGAUACUAAACUGGAGUUGUUUAGUCUGAGCGAAUAGUGAAUCUCCAUAGGCGAUUGCUCCCUCCCUUCUCUCUCCAGUUGCUGGAGCUGCCUGGUUGUAGUGAUCUACACUUAUUAUGCAAUAACUUGCAGGGUUGGGGUUCCAGGCUGAAAUGGAUACUGUACACUUCUGUUUGUGUUGGUAAGCACCUAUUUUCUUUAAACAUACAUAGACUGCUGCAAGAAGUGCCACUGGCUCUCAGUGCAGACUGGCCACACACCUUUUCAAACGUACUUUACUGCACAAGAGCUGAGGGCACUGCAUGACCCAAGAUGCCAGGACUAAACGGUACUGUUACAGAAAGUGGAUUGAGGUCCCUGCUCUGACUGUAGGAAUUUUAAUUUAUCUCCGUUAGAAGAAGAGAAAAUUACAGAACUCCAACCUAUGGCUGCGGGCAGUGGGCCCUCGGGAUCACUAGUCUAUCCUCUGUGCUAGAAGAACCACUACAGAAAUCUUGUGUCUGAGUGGAAAAGAGAGACCAUGCAGCUGUAUCAAGACUACAGUUUUAACUAUGAAAAUGGUAUUUCUAACCUUGCUUUUAGGCCAUCAACAUGCAAGGUGCUUAUAUAUGUUAGUAUUAACCAUGUUAGCAGUCCAUUUCAUGUCAUGUUUUAGUCCUUAAAUCAACCUUUCUCGCGGCUUUGACUAGUGUUUCCUCCUUGCGUAGCUAUGUCUGUCUCACUGGAUGGGAGUGUUCCAGAUAUGGAAAGCAAGCAGGGGUAUUUUUGUAUCACCACAAAAAAUCCACUUCAAACAAACAAAAAAACCCACAUAACACUGCACAUUGACUAGUAAAAGCCUUUUGAAAAUCACAGAAAAUCUGUAACAGUUUAAUUUCAUGUUACCUGUCAGCCAGUUAGUCAAGAUAUGUCAUGUACAGGUCAUGCCUUAUCUAUAUGUAUUGCAGUUUCAUUUGAAAAGUGACUUUGUAUGAUUUGAGUACAUGUAUGUUUAAACUUCACUCAGUACAUGCUGUCACCAAGGUCCAUGGCACAUACUCGGAAAGAAGGCUGCAGCAUUUCCAGACAAUAUUUCCACUUAUGGUCGCCUCAAGUCACACAUAACACUGUGUAUUUAAAAGCUGCUGGUAAAACAGGCCCAAGCACAGAGGUUACAAGCACCCUUUGUCUCUUCCAAACAGGGCUAGAGAAUAAAUUAGCCAUGUGGCUCCAUUUUCCAGA